CUUCUCUCAGAUGCAUCGCUGUUGGUGAAUCGAUUGAGUGCAGUGAGCCAGGCAGGACAGCCGCAGCCGCAGCCGCAGCAGCAGCCGUCAUGAUCUUGCUGACGACGUUGAUCAGCGUCAUGAUGGUCUUCAUCUGCCUGACAGCAUCCCCGGUGGCUCAUGCAGCAUCCACUGCACCCAUCCUGCAGCCGCCGGCAUUCCUCACGCCAUUGCACCCCGCCGGCUCGUCGCAGUCAUCGUUAAGACGGCUGCGACGAAACAGAUCUGUGCCGCUGCCGUCUAUUGCGAUGACGAGCAGUGUCAAGGAGGCUGGGAAGGAUGCCCACGAGGCUAUUGUGGCUGACCGGGACCGCCAGGCUCACUCGAUGGGGGAGCACAUGCGGCGCUUUCGAAUAUGGAAGUUCACCAGAACCAAACAGGUCAGCCACACACAAACAGGCAGGCAGGCAGACAGACAGGUAGCACAUCGAUGCCCAUGUUUCCCUCUCUCUCUGCGUGGUUAGGUGGCCACCCUGGGUCCGGCCACGGACACCUUUGACACGAUUGAGGCGCUCUUUUUGAACGGCGCUGACGUGUUUCGUUUGAACUUCUCCCACGGCACACACGAGGAGAAGGCCGAGUUCGUCCGCAUCAUCCGCGAGAUCGAGAAGAAGUGGAACCACCCAAUCGCCAUUCUCGCCGACCUGCAGGUGGGUGAGCAGCGGCCACACACAGCAACUGUGAGCACGUGUACCUGGGUCGUGUUGUGUGUUGAAACAGGGCCCCAAGCUGCGUAUAGGGCUGUUUGACAAGGACCCGAUACUCGUGGACGGCCAGCACUUCCGCUUCGACCUGCAGGACGACAUUGGCGACGCCGCGAGGGUCAAGCUGCCGCACCCCGAGAUCCUCGAGACACUCAGGGUGGGCGACGUGCUGCUCGUCGACGAUGGAAAACUCAGAAUGAAGGUCACAGACAGCCAAGCCAUGAAGGCGUCCAUCUUUGCAGACACAUGGGGAAACGAAUGGAUGCGUGUGUGGGGGGUCCAGGUGCGUGAGGCCGGCGGCACGUAUGUGUCUUGCACUGUGGAGGUCGGGGGCAAGAUAUCGUCUAGGAAGGGCGUCAACACGCCCACUGUCGUGCUGCCCAUCAGCGCCAUGUCUGACAAAGACAGAAAGGACGCCGUCUUCGCCAAGUCAUUGGUCAGUGGUGGGGUGCACGAGCCAGCCCACAUUUGUCCAUCUCUAUGUGUGUGUGUGUGUGUGUGUGUGUAGGGUGUCGAUUGGAUAGCGCUUUCAUUUGUUCAGCGGCCCGAAGACAUCGCAGAGCUGAGACAGCUGGUCAGGCAGGGAGAGAGUAUACCCCACAUCUGGGUAUGUGCAUGGUGUGUGUAUACUGUCAGGUUGAUGGUGACGUCAAGCUGAUAGCCAAAGUGGAGAAGCCGUCGGCCGUCGAAAAGAUCGAAGACAUCGUCAAAGUAACAACCAACACACACAAAUCCCCCACACACAGAUCAUGAAGCAUGAGUGUGUGCUGUGUGUGUGUGUCUGUCAGAUAAGUGACGGCAUCAUGGUGGCCCGCGGCGAUUUGGGUGUUGAGAUGAUGCCCGAGGAUGUGCCCAUCAUACAGAAACAAAUCAUCGACAGAUGCCGACGGGUAGGUAGAGCCAGCCAGCCAUACUACCAACCACCCACACGCGGAUGUGCUCUGGCAUGGGCGUGUGUGUGUGUGGUGGUUGCAGGAGGGACGACCGGUGAUAGUUGCGACACAGAUGCUCGAGUCAAUGAUCGACAGCCCCACACCCACACGAGCGGUGGGUGCACUACACACACAACACACUGUAUGUCACAUCAGCUGACACGGGUGUGUGGGUGUGGGUGUGUGCGUGUGUGUUCAGGAGGCGUCUGAUGUGGCGACGGCGAUAUACGACGGCGCCGAUGCGGUGAUGCUGAGCGGCGAGACGGCGGUGGGCAAAUACGCCACUGAGACCGUCAACAUGCAGCAGAGAAUCAUCGAACGGUAACCGCACAGACACAGCCACACAGAGGAAACACACGCUUGCUCAUGUGUGUUAUAUAUACAUCAGUGUGGAGGGCGACCCUCUGUAUCGCAAGCGCAUCGACGCGCAGGUCUACGACCCGGCCCGCACAGCGACCGACGCCAUCACCGUCGCUGCCAGACAGGUCAGCAAGCCGCACAACACCCACCUUGGCUGCUGUGACCCCUCUCUCUCUCCCUCUCUCUGUGUGUGUCUUCCUGCAGGUGGCCGACUUGACGCGUGCUAAGGCGAUAGUUGUCUUCACAUUGGGCGGCACGACGGUGAUCCGUUCGUCCAAGGGCCGCCCACACAUACCCGUCAUAGCCGUCACACCCAAAGUCAAGACGGCUCGCACACUGCAGCUCUACUGGGGCGUUUACCCCAUCGUCGGUGCGUCUGUCUGCACGGGCAUUGCCUUCAUGUGUGUGUGUGUGGAUGGAUGGUGUGUCGCCUGUGUGGUUGUUUGUCUUUCUCCUGUCAGAGGAGGACACAGACACGUUGGAGCAGUCGAUUGACCACAUGUUUGAGAAGGGGUGUGAGGUGGCCAGACAGGAGGGCAUCUGCCAGUCCCCUGACGACCUGCUCGUCAUCACCGCUGGUAAAUCCACACACACACGGGCCGCCAGCAACGCACAAACACUUCUCCUUCCUGGACGUGUGUGCACAGGUCUGCCCUUCGGCACACCUGGCGCCACCAACAUCCUCCGGUACCCAUCGCACAGCACAGCACAGCACAGCCUGGAAUGCAACAUCAGAUAGAGAUGGCAUGGCUGUGUUGGUGUUGGUGUGUCGCAUGGCAUGCAGUGUGUGCCAAGCGGCGGGUCCCAACGUGUGGGAUGUGGACAGCGAGCAGGCCCACGCCGGGCCGCCACAGCAGCUCCGCAUCGAACCCUUGAUGGAAGACAGCAGCGAACCAGACGGGACGGCAUUCUACUGAACGACCUGGCUGCUGUGUUGGGGACGGGAUGGGGCGGGUUGAGGCAGCAGGGAGGCAGAUGUGACGCAAAGGUGUGUGGGGUCAUCACCUACUGGUGAGUUUUGACACCUGGCCCACUCGACACACAAGACAGGAUGGGAGGGAGGGAGGGAGGGAGGGAGGGAGGGGAAAGCCACCCAGCCGUGUAUUUAUCAGACCUAUCGCUCGGAAACAAAGAGGGAGAAGGCAUUGGUGGUGGUAUGUACCCACCCGGUCACGUUUUGGCUUGCUUCUGGAGGCAGGCAGGCAGGCAGGGAGGGUGCAUCCAUACGUACAUACGUACAUGUGCUGUGUGCAUGUCAUGUACGUGUACAUGUGCGUAUGUAUACAUUUGAGGUGAGGGGGGGAUCGAGGGUACAUGUACAUGUACAUGUACGCGUGUGAACCGUACAUCGACCCAUACAGACAAACAGACAGACGUUGACCAAGGCCUAGAGGCAGGGACAUCGAUGGCUCUCUCCGUGACUGACUGAUCGACCCGAUCCCGUUCCCUCUGUUUUCUUUAUCACCAUUGGUAGGGUUGGCCCAUUGCUGGCUUGCUUGCUUGCACUGAGUGAAGGGCUUGUACAUAGAUAGAUAGGCUGUUCGUGGUCCCUGGUAUGGUAUGUGGCUCGAGAACCCUUCGAGCCAUGCAUGCAUGUUUGAUGACGCUGAGUGACAAUUUUGCGAACCUGAUAGAUAGAUACACGCAUCCCUCUCUCUCUCUCUCGGCCUGCAUGUCUGAUAGAUGGUGGACAUUUGUUCCUCUGCUCGAUCGACCACCAUUGUGGGUCACACAAGACUACUGAUUGAAGAAUGCAAUUGAUGCGCAGAUUGAUCACUGAGGU